UAACAAGAACUGGUAAAGCGAGGAAAAGCUUGGGGAAGGUGAAGAGGAAACAGUUUUACCACCACCUUUAUGCGAACGGCGAUAUAUUGUAACAAGGUACCUCACUGCGGCUGGGAAGUAGAGUGAAUAGUUUGCCUUUCCCAGCCCCUUCUCUGCUGAGUGGCUAUCAGUGGGAUUGGUCUGAAAUGACGCCAUCCUUUUAUUUUUAAACCAAUGACCUCAUCCCUGCUUCAAGUUUUAGUGAACAGAAAAAAAACCUCUUGUGUAUGUUUUUUUAAAACUAGUCCUACUUCUCUCCUUCGUGUCACGUCAAAGUUACAAAUUGGCUGCACAGAACAUCGGGUAAAGAGACUUUGAACUGCGUUGGAGCUUCGAGUUUGUUGAAGAUGUUACUGCUCUUUGGGGUACAACAGUAACUACCAUUGAAAUGCUGCUGUAAAGAUGCUUUGCAUGCAGGGACAGGCAGCCAUCUCAUGGAUUGAACAAAGCUGCAUCGCAAGAAUGUUGAACUGGAGAUGUAGGUGAAGGAUAAUGUAAAGCUGAAGUCUCUUUUUCACUCAGGAGGUGAUGGUGUCCCAGAGCAACCCAAAACAAGGUUGCUGUCCAACAACUGGAUACUCGCAGUGAAAAAGUUUAAGCUUUAUAGACUUUUGAAAUGGAUUUCACUUUUCUAAGAAAAUUGCAAUCUACGUGACUAUAGGUGCUGUUGAAAUGAAGUGGCUGUUUUUUUAAUUUCAACCAGCCCAUAAUUUGGGGACAGUCCAGUGUCGCCAUGGCUGCUGGAAAAGCCAGGACUCAAAUGGUAACUGCUGAGAAGCUGGUGGGACUGUUGGAGAAUAGCAUACAGAAAGUGCUGAUUAUUGAUAGUCGUUCUUUUGUUGAGUACAAUGCUUCCCAUAUCUUGGAUGCUGUGAAUAUUAAUUGCUCAAAGCUCAUGAAGAGAAGACUGCAGCAAGACAAAGUGCAAAUAAUAGAACUCAUCCAGCACUCUGCAAAACAAAAGAUUGCAUUUGAUGAUGAGCAGGAUGUGGUGGUAUAUGACCAAUGUACACAAGAUGUCAGUGCGAUUUCCUCUGAUUGCUUUCUCGCUGUUCUUCUUAGCAAACUAGAGAAAAGUUUUAAUAAUGUGUCCCUCCUCACAGGUGGAUUUGUUACAUUUUCAUCUAGCUUCUCAGGCCUCUGUGAAGGAAAACCUGCUCUAGUACCAACAAGCAUUUCACAGCCAUGCUUACCUGUCACCAACACUGGCCCAACUCGCAUUCUUCCUCACCUUUACCUUGGUUGCCAACGAGAUGUAUUGAACAAGGAGCUAAUGCAACAGAUUGAUAUCGGCUAUGUACUCAAUGCAAGUAACACGUGCCCAAAACCUGACUUUAUCCCAGAGAGUCACUUUCUACGUGUUCCAGUCAAUGACAGCUUUUGUGAGAAGAUAUUGCCUUGGCUUGACAAAUCAGUAGAAUUUAUAGAGAAAGCAAAGGCAUCAAAUGGAUCUGUGUUGGUGCACUGCUUGGCUGGAAUUUCCCGUUCUGCCACCAUUGCCAUAGCUUAUAUAAUGAAGAGAAUGGAUAUGUCACUAGAUGAAGCUUACAGAUUUGUCAAAGAGAAGAGGCCAACCAUCUCACCUAACUUUAACUUCCUUGGCCAAUUGCUGGAUUUUGAGAAAAGGUUGAAAACUCAGACUGGACAAACAGGAACCAUUACCAAACUAAAAUUCCUGCAGGUGGAGCGAGCUGGGGAACAGAGAGUGAUGCAGGAAAGUGGCCAUUUUGAUACAGUAACAGAAAACCAAGCCUUUACAUCCACUACCUCAGAGACUAUGGAUCAGAAUCUGACUGCACCUGUUAAACCUUUAUCUGCACUUAUGGAAUCCACUGUUUCCGGUCUGGAAGAAGAAUGUUUUCUGGCUCAAGGACUCAAUGGACUCAACCUGUCCUUGGACAGACUAGAGGACAACAAUCGAUUAAAGCGCUCAUUUUCUUUGGACAUAAAGUCUGUUUCAUAUCCCACAAACAGUGGAGGUGCUAGUUCUACACCAAUUGCUGCUUCUCCAGAAGACAGUUGUGAUCCUUUGAAGGAAUCAAAUGUGGGUGAAACUGGCCGGUUCUGUUUUUUCUCAUCUGCUGAGAAAGAAGUGGAGCAGCUUUCAGAACACACUACACCCAUUGUGAUGGAGAUAAAUACAAAACAACCACAAACCAUUUGGCAGCAAGGAUCACCAAAAAGUGCAGCUAUUUCUUCAGCGCAAACAGCAGCAAGCACAAAUACAAUGCCUAGAACACUCCUGUACCCCUUGCACAGAAGUGGAAGCAUGGAGGAUAACUACAGAACAAACUUCCUACUAGGUCUUUCUAGCAGCCAACAGCAUUUGGCAACAUCUGCAGCAGGAAUGGGGCUUAAAGGGUGGCAUUCAGACAUACUCUCACCUCAAACGUCAACUGCAUCAUUGGCUAAUACCUGGUACUUUGCAACAGAAACACUGGCUGGGCAAUCUCCUCGUUUCUUGUCAGGUUCUACUCUAUUUGGAGGUACCACAGCCUAUUCAGCAUUUAGCUGUAGUCAGCUAUCAUCAGGCGUUGAUCAGGCAGGGACAGUGCGUCGGCGUGAAAAACACUGUGACCGCCGAGAUUCCAGACGGAGCUGGCAUGAGGAAAGCCCUUAUGAAAAACAAUACAAACGCCGCAGCUGUCAAAUGGAAUUUGAAGAAGGCAUGAAUGAAAGUAGGUCCCGGGAGGACUUAGGAAAAAUUGGAAGUCAGUCCAGCUUUUCUGGCAGCAUGGAGAUCAUUGAAGUUUCCUGAAGAAAUGCUAACGUGCAGUCUGGUAAUUUGACCAAGUUAUAAUUCACGUGCAGUUUUGAAGAAAUUGUCUUUCACAGCUUCAGCCAGAGACUUCAAUAAUUUAGAAUAUUGUUGUUGAAGUCCUACCAAUCAUGACUGUUCAUCAGUUAAUUCAACAUUAAGUAUCUAAUCAAGGCAAUUAUGCAUUGAAGUCAGGCUUUUGUAUGCAUUUGAAAAAAAAUCCCAGUUAGCGUUAUGUAAUUGUCCAAUAAUGCACUUUGCCUCUGAAGACUGAGCCAAGUUCCGUGGAGGUUUUUUAAAAAUUCCAGACAAGCUGGCAAAAUCUGGAUAUCUGGUGUAAUCUUAGCUUAUUUGAUGCAAACUUUUUUGCAUCUGUAAAUAAAUGAUGUAACUAUCGUGAUUUGAGUUUAUGGAUAGCUAAUGUACCAGUGCUGCUUAGAGCAAAUACCUCAGAAUUUUAAUGCUUAAACUGUUUGUAGGUAUUCAGUAAAUCAAAUCUCAGGUCUUACUUGAAACAGAUGAGAUUUCCAGUUUUUUUGGCUAGGUUUGAAUUGCUAAUUAGCACUGAGAAAACAACUGUGUAUACAAGAGCUGUGUAAACAAGGGCAGAAUCAAAAACACAGGGGUAUAAAUGAAACAACAAUGUUGAUGCUAUGCAGAGUGCAUGAGUUGCAGGUUAAAGCGCACUUGUGUGAAGGUCCUGUGGUGGAGAUAUGCUGGAAACUUGUUCAGAAUGGUACAACAUGUUUGCGUGAUGGAGCUAUUUUGUUCAAAUGUGUAAUGUAUGAAGCUUUGAUGGAUAACUGACAAAAAUGUUCUUCAUGAGGUGAAAUGAUGAGCAUAUUUUGAAAUAAAAUCUGAGAUGGUACCUGUUACAUACAAGUGUAAUUUAAACAUUGUGUCAAGUUCAUAGUCUGCUUUAAGUGCCUGAAGGUAAAUCCUACCUCAUGCUCCUGCAGGGAAAGGAAACUGCGGCGGAUGUAGAAAUCUGCCAGAAAUAUUGGAAGGUAACUAACCUAAAGUAGUACUUUUGUCCCCCCUCUUUCUCUGCAGAUGCUAAUGACUUAAGCAUUUCAAUGUUCCGUUCAUGUUUUCAGGGUGAUCUGAAAGUGCUUUACUCUGAUCAGAGGGGAAAGGUGAUAUCUAAUAUCUGGCCUUCAUCUUGUACCACCAUUGAGAUGUACUGAAAAAAAAAGGUUUUAAAAAAACCUAAAUUUUUGCACAUUGCUCUUGCCAUAUGCAUUUCCAGCAUUAUCUGGAUUUAUUUCAGAGAGCAAGUGAGUUCACUUUUUGAGGAUCCUAAAAAUAUAGCCAAUUAUUAAUACUUUUCUAGGUGACAGAAGUUCACUUUAAAACCAAGGGAAUGUCCAGUUAAAUCUUGAGAGGGUAACUUAUUAGAAUUGCCAUAACAAGUUUCUUAAAAUUCUUCAGGACACCAUUUUGGCUUAACUAGCUCCAUAAAGAAUGUACAUCAGUGUAACUAAUUUAUUGUCCUGUUUAUGAUCUGUUUUUUAUUAAAAAGUGCCAGACACAUCUUUAAAACAAAAUUUCCAAAGCAGCACAACCCUCCAUCCUCAACCCCCACCGAAUGUCACAGUAAGUGAAUAGCUGAAUCAUGGGAAUACCCAAGGUUUUGCAUGUGAUACAUGGUGAGCAGACAGAGCAAUUUUGUUAUGAUUAGCUCAUUGACUUGCACUCUCUAAAAAGAAGUGACAUGGGGGGAGAAAACAUGCACCAGUUUUGUAUUUAUAUUCUCAAAGUUUUAAAACAAGUGCACAAAAUAUACAGUACAUAAGAAUGAAAAUACUUGUACAUAGUAAAAUAUAAGCUAUCAAAGCCAAUAAAAGCAUGGAAGUUAAGUUGUAACUUAAAGUGAGCAAUUUCCCUCUAGAAUGUUCAACUAGUCAAAUAUAAUGUCUAAAGAGAAGAUUAGGGAUCUUGCAAGCUGAAACGAAACUCAACAGAGCACCUAGUAAAUUUGCAAAUCCACAAUAUUGAUGCAUUUUUGUAGUAAUUGCAUUUCUUUUCCCUUUGCUUUUUAAAUUCUUAUUUGUAGAAUAUCCCUUUUAGAGUUGUGUAGGAACAACAUGACCCAGCACCAGCACCAAAGUUAUGUGUUCAUUCAGUCUGAACUGAAAAAUCUUACCUGUGAAUCAAUUUCUUUUUACAUGCCACCAACAGAAGAAAGUGUCCAGUUUAUGUUCUUUGUUACUGAUUGUUGAACUAGAAGAACUAUUAGAGUGGAUAUUAAAUGCUUAGCUACAUGCAAUAUAAAUCAAUAUUGUUUACAAUGCUAUGUAGCUUCAUAAACUUUGAGCCUGCUUAUAUUACCAGCUUUACUCAAAAUUCAGGCUUCAAAAAAAAAACCAGCUUUAGUAUGGAGAUUUCACAAAGUAUGAUAAGUAUUAGUUGCAGGUAACAAAAGUAACAUUGAGAUUGAAUUUACAAUUAUAAAAAACCUUACAAAAAUUAAAUUAAUUUCAUAUCUUCUGCCUAUAUUAUGUAUUGUACAUUACAUCAUUGUGUUCUGUUAUUUACAGGAGGGUUCAGGAGUCACAUUUCAACAUUAUUAGACUAUUUUACAACCCAAUAAAUGACCUACUUUAAAGUAAAUCGUCUCAAACUUUCGAGAAAUGGGAGGACAAUGAUCCAAUGUGAAGUGACAAUUGCAUCACCAGCUAUAUGAAAAUAACCUGGUCAGCCUGUUCAGGGAUGUUAUUAUACAGCUCUGUUGCAGAUGGGACUUGAACCCAGGUCUUCUGGCUCAGAAGCAGGGACAAUACCACAGACCCCUGACCAGCUGCAUGAUGGCUUGCAACCUACCAUCCCUUGUCGACUAUGACUAGUUAAAUUUAUUCACUUCAAGUGCCAAGGAUGAACACUUUCUACUAAGCAUAACAGAUAUCUUGACAGAUUAAAAGAGAGAAUCACCAUGUCAUAGAGAUGCUUCAAACAUAUACACAAGGUGCAUAUUAGCCAUCUGAGUAUGCUACAGGGCACCAAACAGUUUAAUUAGUAAGUGAAGUCUUCAAAUCAAGAUCUUAAUGCAUGUAGAGGGAUGGGAUACUAAUUCAAAAUCUAGUAGUGGCUACCAUGAUGCUAACUGAUUUGUAGUAGUGCAAACUGAUGCAAAUAUUUGACCUAAAAAUCGCUGCAAAUGACUUUAGCAGUCUUAUUUAAGUAACUCCUUCCACCAAAACUGGAUGAAAAGGUUCAUAAUGACAACAGUUGGUACACUGGAUCCACAGUGUUUUGGAAGUGGGGCAGAAGAGCGCACAACAACAAAAUGCUCAGCAUACCUGGAAAUAGAUGAAAUUUCACUGACUUAAUAUCCAAACUGCAGAUUUAGUGGUGAUUGUAUACAUAAUCUAGUGAAUGAUAAAAGGUUGAGUUUUAGCUUAUCUACUGGUACUUUACAUCUUUGUCAGCUCUCAUGCUGAAAGGUUCAAGUCUUUCAUUCUCUGGCAAUAAGUUAUUAAGUUUCUCCAUUAGUGGAAUAGUUUGAUCUAUGCCCAUCUGUAUACGCCGGAGUAUUGCAGACAUCUCAUUAACUUUCUGUAUUUGUUCCGCAUACUUGGCGUAUCUCUUCUGUCGCUCUUGCAUAACACUGUAUAAGGCAACAACGGACAGAUCCAUCUAUAACAGAACAAAAAUAAUACAAGUGGAUAACUGUUAGAAAUUAAAGUUUGCCUUAGCUGGUGUACAAUAUUUUAUUAACAAAGUAUUCAUGUUUACUGUACAUAGUUGUCUAUAACACUGAUCAACUUCUGUCUCAUUAUUUAGGAAUUAACAAUACAAAACCAACAAC